AGAUUUUUCCGGUCGAGCAGUGAGGAGAUCCUCUUCGAGAGAAAUGCACUUCUACUUUCGCCAUCGCCGGCACGUCAAAGAUGUUGUCUCUCUUCAUUCGCCCUAGCCGACUUGUUGGGAAGCACCAGCGAUUUCUUGUCAGUGUCGCACGCACGAAGAGGUCAGUGGAACAGGAUGACGCCAGCAGAAUCGGGGGCUCGUGCCACCAAGAAGAGUGUGCCAUGGGAGGUCAUCCACCGGAACAAGCAGCGCCAUCGCUACUCGCACCGGAUGAAACAUCUUCAGCCGGCGCAGUCGUCAAAGUUGGGCGAGGAGAUGCGACGACCCCAGCUACGGCAUUCGCACACCUGGAGCCGCUGCGCAGAGAGCGUGAGAGUCAGACUGCGGAUCCCGACCUGCCGACACCCCUGACGGAGUUCCAGAUAAAGGCGCAGAAAGAUGGAACCUAUCCGGGCUCCUUCGAGAACCAGCCGGAAGCCCCGCACGAGGUGGUCUUGCAGUUCCACGAGAGCGGGCCCCAGUGGGUCCCUCGGAGUCAGGUGUAUCCGGAAUUUUUUUCCGGGAGUGGGGACAGAAUAAACGGUUGCGGAGACGCCAAAGAACUCACAUCUUCUGAUGUGUGCUCCGCAAGAUUAGCAGCGAGUGGGGAUGAACCGGAGCAACAGAAAGGGAUCCAAGUGUCAGCAGCUGAAACAAAUGCAGAGGCAGGAAAAGUGGCUUUGCUCGCCGAUAGAAGACAGGGUUCUGCACCAGAUGAGUUGUUAUCCAGCACUCGCCCAACUACAACUUUACCCAGUGCGGCCGCGACUGCUUCCUCGUUGCAGAAGCCUGUACUUCAUCCCAUAAUUUCUGAUUACCCGAAGAACCGAGGGCAACUGCAGCCCAGGCUUUCCGAGUACGCGACGACGCAGCACUUUUACCGCAACGAGCUCCGGUCCUGGUACUGGCAGCGGAAGCAGGGCACGAAGUACCAGCUGUGGUGCCCCCCGGGGGUGGUGUUUGCGAAAUUGUGGAAGUAUCACUAUGAUCCCGGGCCGCAGCAGGUCCCGCCCCUGGAAAAGUGGUGGUUUCAAGAUUCCGCGCGGGAAGGACAACAGGACGAGGAUCACGAUGGGGACGAAGCCCCCGCUUCUCGCUGCUGGGACUUCGCCGAAGACGCGGACAUGGAGUAUCAGUUUCACCGGAGACCAGCGACUGGGCUUGGAGUAGUUGUUUCCACUGCCGAGCAGGGACAACAGGAAAGUUGUUCUUCAUCUUCUGAUAUACCUGCUUUUGACUAUAGCGAAGAUGGGGAAGGCAAUAAUCCUGACGCGGGUGUUGACAAUGCUGAAGAUAGUGGAUACGCGGCGAGUAACGCACUCGGAACGGACGAGGAAGCUAGUUCACGAGAACGAUCGAGCAAAAUUGAAAUGCCUGAGCAGCAUCGAGAGCGGCCGCAGCACACACAGGAGGCGCAAGAUGUUGAACUGCGGGACAACUAUCGAAAACCCCUUCCUGAGCAGAAUGUGGUCCCCACAGCACCUGCCUCCUCGUCGCGCUUUCAUUAUUCUAGAUCGCAUGAAAAUGCAAAUGGAAAUGCCAAGGAGAAAACCUCUAUCUUUCAGCGAGCGGAAGUUGCUUUCGACAGAGGUGGUCAUGCAUUGAUGAACGAAAAAAUUAUAUCGAGCGGCACCAAAACCAAUAUCCCGGUAAACUUGGUGAUUGGCGGCGGCACCUGGGCUGUGGCCACUGCUAAAAACACGCCACUGGAAAAUUUCGUGCAGUUUGAGUCGAACGACGCAAAAUUGUUUGUCUCCGUGUAUAUCAAAAGGAAAAAUGCCCCCUCCCCAUAUCAAAACGAAAAUCUGUGAUGCAGAUUUGUGGCCACAAAUCAGCUUUGUGAUGCUAGAAUGCAAAAGAUGCGGACUGUAGUGCUGUCUAGCGUGGAAAAGCCUUGCAGCUCCAGGAUGACAGGAGGCAGCUGGAAGUGGGAAACAGCAUGACAGACCACCUGCAAUUUAGGCCGCAGCUUCGUCUCUUGGCCUUCUAGCAAUACAAGUCGAUUUGUGUACUCAAAUACAGCAUCACAAAUUCGCGCAUCUUCCGUUUUCGAUAUGGGGAGGGGGGAUUUUUCACUCUGAUAGUGUGCCGUGCCUUUCAAGCCUUCGAGGGCAACCGGUCGGGCUUGCUCAGUCUGUUGAGUGGUGCUUCUUCUGCCGAAGAUAUGCUGGACCAGCAGGAGCACCAAUUUUUCGAAAACCUUCGGUUCGUCUUCACCUGGCCUUGGCUUGCGCACCGUUUUCUCCCAAAGCAAAUAGUGAAAAAAGCUCAUCUGCACUUCGUGGACGAAUUCGAGCUCGAGGACUGUCUGCCAGCACUGUUUCACGUGUUGAAACCGAAUGGCACGAUCAGCUUCACGUUUGAGAACAAAGAAAGCGCGGCGGCCGCUCUGCGGGAGGUGCUGCUGAAGAAUUCCACGGUGAGAAAUUUGAUGCAGGGCGCAGCGGGCGCGGCGUAUCCCGAUCAUGGGGCGACACGAACUCAAGGCACGGACAAACACGGAAGCUGCAAAACCAGCUCUUUAAACGUGAAGUUCGAGUGUCUCACGGUGUCGCAAAAAUGCCGAAAGGACCAGAAAUUAGCCGAGAGUUUGUUGAAAACGAAAGAUGUGUCCAAAGCCGACGACGAAUUUCUUGUCGCGCUCUUCUGCGAACGUGUUUUCGAUCCGUUUUUGCAGGCUCCGGCCCACCGGGAGAAGAAGACCGGGGACCGGGUGCGGUUUAACGCGCGAGUCGAGGACGUCGUGCAAGACGAAGAGUUCAUUGCGACGACGCCCUGCAGAAGGGGGAAACCCAUGAGCGGAUACUGGCGCAGGAAGGAGGGUCAUGCUGGUCCGGCGGUCGUGAUGUCAGACGAGCUCGAGAACGAGGGAAUAAACGGGCAACAUGUUGUCGAACAAAGUGCAGUAGAACAAGAUGGUUCUUUGGUAAAGACGACAGAAGCUUCAUCUGCGGGUGGCGGUGCUGUAGCGAGUGCAGCAGACAAAAAAGUAAUGACCGCAAAUGAACAGUCUCGUGAUGUUAUUUCUGACUCGCGAUCUGAAGAUGAGAGCACCAGGACAAGUACUUCCUCUUGCUACCCUCCGCAGCACCUUCAGGGAUGGUUCUACCGGUCGGAGUGGCGGGCCAUUCCUUCCAGAAAACCAAACCAGAAACUCCGUGACCCCGCUUCCUUUAUCAAUGUCAAGCACAGACUGCUGAAAAGAUGACGGUAGAUUGAUACAUAGUGUAUGUACCUUCCCGACGAGCCCACACGACAUGAAGAUCGCAGACCAAACGCUAGGUCUCUACCGCGAUGAUGCCCA